GCGCUGCCGAGCCGCAGCCGCGCCGGGCGGAGCACAGCGCGGAGCAGCCCAGCCCCGCCGAGCCCAGCCGAGCCGUGCCGGGCCCCGCCGAGCCCCGCCAUGGCCAUCGCGCACAUCGCCACCGAGUACGUCUUCUCCGACUUCUUGCUGAAGGAGCCGCCGGAGACGCGCUACAAGGGGCUGCGGCUGGAGCUGGCGCUGGACAAGAUUGUCACCUGCAUCGCCGUGGGGCUGCCGCUGCUCCUCAUCUCCCUCGCCUUCGCCCAGGAGGUCUCCAUCGGUGCUCAGAUAAGCUGUUUUGCUCCCAGCUCCUUUUCCUGGCGGCAAGCUGCGUACGUGGACUCCUACUGCUGGGCAGCUGUGCAGCAGAAGCAACCAUCCCAGAACAACUUAGAAAACAUUCCCCUGUGGCUGCAUAAAUUCUUCCCAUACAUCCUUCUGCUCGUCGCUAUCCUGCUGUAUCUACCAUGUUUGUUCUGGCGCUUCACUGCAGCACCUCACCUUUCUUCAGACCUGAAAUUCAUUAUGGAAGAACUUGACAAAGCCUAUAACAGGGCAAUCAAAGCUGCUAAUAGCAUCCGCAGCGGAGACCCCAGGGAUCCUACUGACUUGCUUCCAGCUGUUAAUGAGAACUUGACGCAGAGUUUGUGGGAAAUAUCUGAAAGCCACUUUAAAUACCCAAUUGUAGAGCAGUACCUGAAGACGAAGAAGAAUUCCAAAUGCUUAAUAAUUAAAUACAUUAUCUGCCGUUUGCUCACGCUAGUGAUUAUUUUCAUUGCAUGCCUCUACCUGGGCUACUACAUUAGCCUCUCCUCUUUGAGUGAUGAGUUUCUCUGCACUAUCAAAACUGGGAUCUUAAAGAAUGACACAACUGUUCCAGAAGUGGUUCAGUGCAAGCUUAUUGCUGUUGGUGUCUUCAAGGUACUCAGCUAUAUUAACCUGCUAGUCUAUCUUCUAGUGAUGCCGCUGGUAGUGUAUGCAAUGUUUGUUCCAUGGAGGUGGAAUUCAAGUGUCCUCAAAGUGUAUGAAAUCCUGCCAACUUUCGAUGUUCUGAAACUCAAGUCAAAGUGUUUUGAUGACUUAAGCCUUUACCUCCUCUUUCUUGAGGAAAACGUGAGUGAACUUAAAUCAUUUAAAUGCCUCAAAGUGCUGGAGAACAUUGCGGUUUCUGAGAAGUUCGAUGUCAUGCAACUUUUGGUAAACCUUGGUACUAUUAAGACAGAUACCGUGGAUGGGAAGCCAGGGACAGCUGUGUUGGAGAAGCCUGGAGAAACAACUACAGAAGAGCUGGAAAAAAAUGCAACAGAGCUACAAGUUUUGACAGACCACAACGCAAGUGGCAACGCGAGUCCGAGAGAAGAUAAAAGACUUCGCCAAAGACUCGUGGAUUCCUCAUGCUGAUGCCUCCCCGCCGCAGCAGGCAGGAGCUCGGUGCUGCAGGAGGCCUUCUCCUCCGCCCUGGCUGCGCUCAACGCAAGGUGCUGCUCUUGGAAUGCAACCGUCUCAAGGGCCUGACAAUUCCCCAGAGGCCGAACUGGUUUACAGACUACUUGUUGUGUAAUACUCAGCAAUCAUGUACCUGAGAAAGCAUGUUGUAGACUUUCAUUAUUUAUUAAAAAUAGAAAACCAACAACACCACACAAGGAACAAGAACAAAAUAUUUCUAUCGUGAGUAACAAGUGACACGCAUCAAAUGCAAUCAAAGCUGGCAGCAGGAAGGAGCCUGAGAUGUCUCCGUUAGCCAUCUCAACAGUGAUGUCUGGGAUUAGUUUACUCGGCACUGAUGGAAGAGAAGCUACAAAUAGGCUUAGUACAAGGGGGUACUGUAAACGUUAGAGAUUUUGAAUUUUCUACAUAUUCAUAAAUUAAAAACAAUGUCUUACUUUUUUUUUACAAAAUGUAAUGAUAUGUAAGCUCAGUGUUAGUUUAGUUCCUAUUUCUCAGUUGUUUCGGUCUUCUUGACUAACAAAUCCGCCUUGGAGUUUGGACUGAAGAUCAGUGAAGUUGGUUCCAAUUUUGUGACGGUUUGUAGAAGCGGUUUUGUAAUGUUUGUACGUGUGGAAUUUGUUUCAACGUGUUUGUAGUAUCAAAUGCAGUAUUAGUUGUGCUGUCUUCCAAAACCCGCUUGAGAAGACGGUCUUACUUGUAUUACAGUAGCACCGGAGUGCCUCGGCAGAGCCAAGCGCCUGGCAGCCCGAGUGAGGUAGUUAUAAAUACGAUGACGAUGUUCUCCCUGCACGGUCUGUCACUUAAUUUUAAUUAAAGAUAAGAUGCUGAAGUGGGUUAGAACAGACAAAAGAAGGGGAAGCAUUUGUGAAUUGGAAAACUGCCCUGGUUUGUUGUUGUACUGUCUGGGGAGAGUAGCAUUCAGCUUUAAUGUCGGCCCCCCUGCCCAGGACCUCUGCCUUCAGUUAACAUUAAAAUGACCAUCGUCUUGAAUUUUAGAUACAAGGAGGGGUGGGGGUUUAACCACCACAGCGGCAGUGUGUAUCUUUCACAAAUGUGGUUUUUUCCAUGCUGUCCACGUAACUGAAAUGUCUUGCCUGUCACCUCUCGCAAUGCGUCGUUUUAGACAAAGGAGCACCUCUUUUAUGGCUAGGUAGGACUUCCAUUUUCCAGUUCCUCUGUGUCACCCGCUGUUGCGUUCUCGACUCUUAGCAUUCUCCGUACGGAUGAGGAUGAGGGCGGGGAAAAGAAGUAAUGGGCGUUACCACCUUUGCACAGAACCACUCGUGUGCUGCAGCUGAUUUCAAAGAAAUAAAGUACCUACUUGGAGGUGGCAGCUGUUGUUCAACAAGUGGAACCCGAGGUGCUGCCAUGCUAUAGUUUGUGCUAGAGUUACAAGAACUCUUUGGUUAUUAUAUGGCUUUCAGCUAAGACGAGCCUUAUUUAAAAGAAAGUCUUUAAAGCCAUAGUAUUAUCCUACCUCUGCACAGGGCAGUAGCGCAGCUGCCAUUCUCAUGGCUGUUGCAUCACCAGCAAGAAACAGGGCUGGGGUUGGAUAGCGGUGAUCCGAACUGCUCAGUUUUACUGCCGUGCGUCUCCCAGCAAACCCACAACCCCUCUGGCCUAUUCUAGAUUGCCUGGCUGUGCUGAUGUGUUGCCGAUGGUCCUUUACAAGUGGGUAAUGCAGGUGCACAUUGUCCAUCGCGUCUGUUGAGCAAGGAGCUAUAGCGCAAUACUAAGAUUUUGUGACGUGGACGUGUUUGAACUGUUUGAUGUAAGUAGGGAUCUCCGUCGAAGCUCCUGAAAGCAACGUGUUCUUGUUUCUUGUUGCAUAUGAACCUAACUUUUUACUAAUUCCCCUUUUGUAUUUAAAAAUAUGACUUGCUGCAGUGAAUCUCUCAUUGUCUUCUAAAGUGCUCAAUAAAAUAUGUAUCCGUUCUUCUUGAUUAUUUAAAUAAAAUCAAUUUUGUGGACUACA